UGACGUUUGCUUUUUUUGAAGCAGUUCAACUUACAGCUUCAUUAGUAGAAAAACUGCUGUCCAACAUUAUUGAGAGGUCACAAACUCAGUAAUUCAUCUCUUUCAUAACUGCAUAUUAAUAACUCAAGGCUCUGAUACAAACUCUAAAAUUACUUUUGCAAUUAACAACCGAGGAUUGGCAUGAGAUAUGUAAGAAAUUGGUUGUACACACAAGAGUGUUUUAAGGACAACAACCUGACAAAUGUCUUGAGGUGUGGUAUAACCGUUAAGUAAAAUAAUUGACUCCGGUCCGUUGAAUUAUUGAACAAUAAUGCACACCUGAAGUAGUAAUGCAGCCACGACUUAAAGUGCUCUUAUGUGUCUUUAAUGUUUAGGAAUAUGUUUGUCUGUGUAAUGUAAUGACCAUUUCUAGGAGGGACUUGUCCCCCUCAGUGUCUGUGGUGAUUAGGGCCUUGCUCUAUGGAUUUGCUUAUGAUCUUGAAGCAACAUGGUGAAGCAUUACAUCUGUAACACAAUUUGUAUGCAUUCUCACAUGUCAUAAAACUAAAAGAAGUUUUGUUCUGUAGUUGGGUAUGUAUUCUUGCAAUGCAACUCCAUUCAUCUACAUUAGCUACCCACGCUGUGGCGAGCUGUGUGGGUGAAGGACCAAACCGAGAGCUCAUCACUAGCGCCUUUUUCCACUCAUCGGAUGGGGGCUCAUUUGAAAACUUUCUUUCACACACAUACACUUUACCCAUUUUGGAGGUUGAGGUUUGUGUGUAUGUGUGCACAAAAGAGCAGAGGAAAUGAAAGUGUGAAAUAUUAAAGCUGUGUAAGGAGUAGUUUCAGUCAGUGUCUGUCUGCACAGCCAUCAUGAAUUCGCUCGCCUGUCUACCAUUCUGCCUGGUGCUGUUUCUGUUCUGUCUCAUUGCAGAAACGAGUCAACGUCCUUCAGCCUGCUGUUUAAAGACGAGUGAAGACAGAAUAUCCAUAAAAAGAGUGUUGGGUUAUACAGUCCAGGAAGCAGGAGUUUGCCCUAUCAACGCAAUUGUCUUGUUGACUGUAGGACGGAAAAUUAGGUGUUUUGAUCCAGACUUAGAGUGGAUCAAAGAUAUUAUGAGAAUGGUGGACCAGAACGGACAAAAACGGCCAAAACAAAACUCCGAUUCAAGAGCCUUGCUGAGCCAAAAUGCCAAAAGACAGAAAUAAAGGAACAAAUGAAAGAUAUGCAGACAGAACAAUCAAAAGAAAAUUUUAUAAAUUUUUUUGUUUACAUUUGUAAUGCAUUGUUUGACCUGUGCCAACUGACAUAAACCUUAAUGCCAAAACAA